AUGGACGGCUUCUUCACGGCCGUUACCUAUGGCAAAGACGGUCCGCCGAUAGAAGAGCUCCUGGGUCGCGCCAACGCCGACCGCCUUGUCAGCCGGAUGGAACACGUCUAUGCACGAACCGUAGUGCAGAUCUUGAACGAACAUCGGAUUCCAAUGACCCCGAACAUCAGCGCCGCUCUCCCGGGCCUGCUCGACCCGUCCACCUUCAACGCCACCGUCUUCACUCGUCAAGAACGCCUGGUCCAAAGCGCCAUAGCGACGUGA